UACGGACUGAAAUGGGAGGAGUCAAGCGCGAACCUAAUCAAGAUGGCCUCCUUCACUGAGAGGAUGGCGUGUGUCUUCGUGCUGUGGCUGGCUGUGUGCCUCAGUGGGACGUGGGCUGUGGACAAGGGCAACUUCAAGACCUGUGACCAGAGUUCCUUCUGCAAGCGUCAGCGGGCGUUGAAGCCUGGUGAGUCUCCAUACCGAGCCCUGCUGGAGACCAUGGAGCUGACCAACACCAGGCUCACUCUGCAGCUCAUCAAUGACAACAACAAGGUGCGUCUGUUGCUCGAGCUCUACCGUCUCCAGGGAAACAUAACGAGGGUGAAGAUUAACGAGCUGAAGCCGCUGAAGCCUCGCUACGAGGUCCCAGACGUGCUCAUCAGGGAACCUCCCACGGAGCCCCUGUCUCUCUUGUCUCAGGACGAGAACGGGGUGGUGCUGUCUCUGGGGUCGGAUUCUCAGAGGGUCAUCGUUAGCGCCCAGCCCUUUCGACUGGACAUCAUGGAGGGACAUGAAGUGCUGAUGUCGCUGAACUCACGCGGCCUGUUGGCGUUCGAGCACCUGAGGAUGCGCAAGGACACUUUCUCCUAUAAAGUAACUAGCACAGUGGCUAGCGUGUGGGAUAAUAUCAAGAGGGUAUUCACUAGUCAAGCAGAGCCAGAGGCUGAGAAGAAAGAAGAGGCUGAUGCGGCUAACCAGGCCGAGACCGCAAAAGAAGAAAAAGAAGCUGAAGAAGAGAAAGUAGAAGAUGGGAUGUGGGAGGAAACCUUCAAGUCGCACUCGGACGGCAAACCUAAUGGUCCAUCGGCUGUUAGCUUAGACUUCUCAUUGCCGGGGGUGGAGCAUGUCUACGGCAUCCCAGAACACGCUGACACCCUCAGGCUCAAAACAACAGAUAAUGGAGAUCCAUAUCGGCUCUACAACCUGGAUGUGUUUCAGUAUGAGCUGUAUAAUCCUAUGGCCCUUUACGGGGCCGUCCCUGUUAUGUUGGCUCAUAAUGCCCAGCGGACCACAGGCAUCUUCUGGCUCAAUGCUGCUGAAACCUGGGUGGACAUCAGCUCCAACACAGCUGGAAAGACUGUGUUUGGGAAAAUGCUUGAUUAUGUUCAGGGCUCCAGUGAGACACCACAGACAGAUGUGCGUUGGAUCUCUGAAAGCGGCAUCAUUGACGUCUUCAUUAUGCUUGGACCAACACCCAAGGAUGUUUUCUCUCAGUAUGCCUCCCUGACAGGAACCCAGUCCUUCCCUCCCUUGACUUCCCUGGGCUACCACCAGUGCCGCUGGAACUACAAUGACCAGGAAGAUGUGCAGGCGGUAGAUGCAGGCUUUGAUGAGCACGACAUCCCCUAUGACUUCAUCUGGCUUGAUAUUGAGCACACAGACGGGAAGCGCUACUUCACCUGGGAUCCACACAAGUUUGCGACUCCAAAGGAAAUGCUGCAGGGCAUCAUGGACAAGAAACGCAAGAUGGUGGCCAUUGUGGACCCUCAUAUCAAAGUAGACAGCAACUACAAGAUCCAUAAUGAAAUACGUUCUCGGAGUUUCUACAUCAAGAAUAAAGAUGGUGGAGACUAUGAGGGCUGGUGCUGGCCUGGUAGCGCCGGUUAUCCGGAUUUCACCCGUGCAGACAUGAGGGCCUGGUGGGCCAGCAUGUUCGCCUACGACCAGUAUGAGGGUUCCAUGGAGAACCUGUACGUGUGGAAUGACAUGAAUGAACCGUCUGUCUUCAACGGGCCAGAGGUCACCAUGCACAAGGAUGCAAUGCACGGAGAGUGGGAGCACCGGGACGUGCACAACAUCUAUGGCUUCUAUGUGCAAAUGGCCACAGCUGAGGGUCUGAUCCAGAGGUCGGGAGGAGUUGAGCGACCGUUUGUCCUGACCAGAGCUUUCUUUGCUGGGUCCCAGCGUUAUGGUGCCGUGUGGACAGGAGAUAAUGCUGCUGAGUGGGAGCAUCUCAAGAUCUCUAUCCCCAUGUGUCUGAGUCUGGGCCUGGUUGGAAUCUCUUUCUGUGGUGCUGACGUUGGUGGUUUCUUCAAGACACCGAGUCCCGAGCUGCUAGUGCGUUGGUACCAGACGGGGGCGUAUCAGCCGUUCUUCCGGGCCCAUGCCCACCUGGACACUCCUCGCCGUGAGCCCUGGCUGUUUGGUCCAGAGAACACAGCGCUAAUUCGGGAUGCAGUGCGCCAGCGCUACACCCUCUUGCCUUACUGGUACCUGCAAUUCUACCACGCACACCACAGCGGAGAACCUGUCAUGAGACCUCUGUGGGUGGAGUAUCCUCAGGAUCCCGCUACCUUCGCUCUGGAUGAUGAGUUCCUGAUCGGGAGAGACUUGUUAGUGCAGCCUGUUACUGAGGAGGGAGCCAGGGGAGUUACCGCCUACCUGCCUGGUAAAGACGAGGUCUGGUUUGAUGUCAACACCUUCCAGAAGCACAAUGGAGCCCAGAACCUUUACAUUCCUGUCACCAUGAGUUCUAUCCCUGUUUUCCAGCGUGGUGGCUCCAUUAUUGCCAGGAAGCUUAGAGUUCGCAGGUCCUCCUCCUGCAUGGAGCAUGAUCCGUACACUCUACAUGUGGCUCUUAACCCCCAGAGAACUGCAGAGGGGGAGCUCUACAUAGACGACGGCCACACAUUCAACUAUGAAAAGAAGGAGUUCAUCCACAGGAAGCUCUCCUUCGUCAACAACAUUCUCUCUUCUGUUGAUCUGGCUCCAGAUGCCCAUUUUACUACCCUCUCCUGGAUUGAACGUGUUAUCGUACUGGGAGCCAGUAAGCCCAGCAAGGUUACCCUGAAAACUGCUGAUGGUCAAGAGAGCCAGAUUGAGUUUGAGUUUGACGCGUCCAUGUCUGUGUUGACGCUCCGCAAGCCCGGCAUGAACUUGGGGGCAGCCUGGACCGUGGCGCUUCAGUAACCAUGGAGAUGGGCGAGGAGGAGGAGAAGAUGACUGAAGUGGAUUUAACAGGAGGAGAGAGGAGGGAGGGCACUAACACCCAAGACUAACUAAACUGAGACAACUGGAUAACAACCAUUGAAAACAAAGGACACUCGCAACACAUUGAAUAUACAGUUUUAAAUUUUCUUUAAACGCACUCAAGCCCAUGUAGACCUGUUAGUCAUACCACAUAACAUCUCUGCCAUGUCCCUCUGUUCAGUCGCACUGUAAUAAUGAAAGAAAUAGUUAUUACUAGAUAGUAAAUUGUUUGUAACAUUUUUCUGAAAGAUAACAAGUGAGCAACUCUAUUCACGUCAUUGUAACAAAUGGGCUUAAGAAUCAAAACAAUUAUUCACUUUUGGUUCUGUUGUCUUCUUUGUUUCCCUUUUUAGUUUGCCUCAGAAGAAAAAUCAUUGUAGGAGGAAUUGUUUGCCUUUUUAAACUGAAGGUUCACACUCAAAGCACAUGCGCCACCUGCUGGUGAUCCCCUCUAUCUUCUUCUGACUUGAUUACUGCUCAAACAUUCGUCCCAUUCCUCUAUUUUUAAGCCAAGCACUUCAAUCUAGGCCAUGAGGGCUCGACUUCCAACACCCAUACCAUAUUUUAUAUAAUGUCAACAAUCCUCUUUUUGAUUUCCAUCCUGCAGUUUCCCAAAUUUUCCAGAUACUGACAAAAGGAUCUUCUUUCUUACCAAUCCCAGCCAUUUCUUUCUCUUUUAGCCUCGCCCUGACUUCACGAUCUGUGUGCAUGGAAGUGACUCAUAAUAAUGGCUUCACAAUAGUUCAUGUCGUUCAGCUGCUGCACAGAGGAGAUUUUCAGCCGCUCUUUUUGAAAAAAACUUGACCGUGUGAAUCACUUCAGGGAACUGAACCACUGGUGGUGUGGAUCAUCCUGUUGAUGUGCUUUCUUUGUUUAUGGAUUUCCUUCUUUUUCUUUCAACAUUGUUUACUAGAUUAUUUUUAAUGCACUUGACCAAGAGAGAACGUAAAAGUUGUUUAGAUUUUCAUGUUUAACUUGAUGUUGGGACUGUCGGAUUUCUAGUGUGUCAUUUGCAUCUUUAAUGAGCAGGUUCACAUUACAUUUUUGAAAGGUAGGUCACUGGCAAUUAUCAAUUUAAAGCCUUCUUUGUUUCAGGAAAAUUGAUCUUAAAUGCAAACUGAGUCAUAAAUGUUCAAAUGAUGCUAUUUAGACUUUCUGUCCCAUCUUGUCAAGUCUUUUGUCCUUUUUUCAGGGGAUAUUUUUCUUCCGAGUUUCUUAUAAAGUUACAUAUUGCUUCAGUUUUGUUGCUGAUGGCUCAAACUGGUGGAAAUGAACGUGAAGGAACAGGUAUCAGUUGUAAAAGUUAUCAGAUGUACUUUAAAAGAUGAGACCAAGUGAAAAUAAAGUUGACCAAAUGUGAAAGAA